GGUUUCUGCAAGCUCCCUCCAAUCGGCGGCAAGAAACAGUUUUUACUGCUGUAGCAUAAGUCUAUCGAACUGCAGAGUUGAGUUAGUCGAUUGCAUUUCUUUUAAAAGAAUCUACUCUCUCCCCCUAGAUAUUUCCAAACAAAGAAAGUGCAACAGACUCUGCUGCAGAAGUUUUCUUGUGUGUUGUGCUCGUUUUGUUUUCAACAUAUUUAUCAACUGCCCUUUCAUUCCUCUUACUGAAGUGCAGUGGCCGGCAUUGCUGGGCCCAGCAAGGCCUCGAUGGAAAUCUUGCGUACUCGCCUGAUUCCAACUUCUCUGCUCCGUGCCGCUUCCACGGGUGCUUUCCAGCUCAAGGAACCGCUCAACUACCGACACGGGGGCAGGGUGCAGCCGUGCAAAAGCGGUGAGGACAGCAGGAGGGAGCAAGUGCAUGAGCCUGCCUCAGGUCGUGUGAUAUGCGAUUUCAUUUGUUCAGGACAACAGGACAUUGACCUGGCUGUGCAGAGUGCCAAGGAAGCAUACGCAACUUGGAGCCAACUCUCAGGGUUGGAAAGAAGCCGCAUCCUUCUGGAAGCUGCAAGGCUCAUAAGGGAACAGAGGGAAGAUAUUGCAGUUGUAGAAUCCAUCAACAGUGGAAAGUCCAUUACUGAGUCCAGGAUUGAUGUGGACACAGCAUGGCAGGCUGUGGAAUACUUUGCUGGUGUUGCUGGAACACUAGCUGGCCAGCACAUUCAGCUAUCUGGAGGAUCAUUUGCUUACACCAGGAGGGAGCCCCUGGGUGUGUGUGUGGGGAUUGGGGCCUGGAAUUACCCGUUCCAGAUCGCCUGCUGGAAGUCGGCCCCAGCUCUGGCUUGUGGAAACGCCAUGGUCUUCAAGCCUUCACCCCUGACCCCUCUGACUGCUGUGAUGCUGGCUGAGAUCUACACUCAAGCUGGAGUGCCUAAUGGCCUAUUCAACGUGGUUCAAGGAGCUGUGGAAACGGGAAAUCUCCUGUGUAAACACAAGGGUGUGGCCAAAGUUUCUUUUACUGGCAGUGUACCAACUGGGAUCAAGAUCAUGGAAACGGCAGCAAAAAGUGUCAAGCAUGUCACCCUGGAACUUGGCGGGAAAUCUCCACUCAUUAUUUUCUCUGACUGUGACUUGGAGAAUGCUGUGAAAGGUGCUUUGCUGGCUAAUUUUCUGAGUCAGGGAGAGGUGUGCAGUAAUGGCACCAGAGUGUUUGUACAGAAAGAAAUACUGUCAAAGUUUCUGGAGAAGGUGGUGGCAAAGACAAAAGAAAUAAAACUUGGAGAUCCCCUGCUUAAAGAUACCCAAAUGGGAGCACUCAUUAGUCGACCGCACCUGGAUCGAGUGUUGUCCUACGUGAAGCAGGCCAAGGAUCAGGGUGCAAAUGUUCUGUGCGGUGGUGAGCUGUUUGUUCCUGAUGAUCCAAAGCUGAAAGAGGGAUAUUUCAUGAAGCCAUGUAUUCUAGGAGACUGCAGAGAUGAAAUGACAUGUGUUGAGGAGGAGAUAUUUGGACCUGUUAUGUCAGUACUAUCAUUUGAUACCGAGAAGGAGGUUGUACAGAGAGCAAAUAACACAGACCUUGGUUUGGCAGCUGGAGUAUUCACCAGAGAUUUGACUCGAGCUCAUCGAAUGGCAGCUGCUCUUGAGGUAGGAACGUGUUUCAUAAACAACUACAAUGUCUCUCCAAUUGAGCUGCCUUUUGGAGGAUACAAAAUGUCAGGUUUCGGGAAGGAGAAUGGAAUAGCAACAAUUGAAUAUUAUACACAGCUAAAAAGUGUGUAUGUGGAAAUGGGAGAUCCAGAAUGCCCAUUCUAAACUGCUAUGGUCUCGUCUCUUCCUAAAUUCAGUCUGUUGCUAAUGGUAUAAAACAAGUGCAAGCUAAUCAGAAGUAGUGAUAAGUUAAUUACCAAAUGGCAUUUCAGCUCUGCUCUUACUUUGCAUUUAGAUAGUUUGAACUGAAUCUUGUUAAGUUUAUUACUGUUUGGACCCACUAAAGUUUUGCUUUCCACAGCAUUUAACUGAAAAUUUAAUGGAUAGUUUUAAAUAAACUUAACAAUCUAUUUUUAAGCCUUAACUUUUUUCCCCUCACCUACAUUUUGAAUAAUUUCAGGCUAGAAUUCAAAGACCUCUAACAAAGUUCAAAAUCGACAGAAGUGCUGAUCUCAGCCUUGCAUUGCCUUGGUCUGUCUGCUCUUUUGGUAGGCAACGGGACAACUAUACUGAAAGUGGGAGAUCUUUUGAAUAUUAAUGUGAUGAUAGGACACAGCUGCAGAUCAGACUUGUAUAAUACAGAAAAAGCUAGAGGGUAUGAUUAAAUUGCAGGAAAUGGCAGCCUGCAAGAUCCCCAAAGUGCUACCAAGUUUGGGAUUCCUGUGUGAACUUACUAGCUGCUCUUCGCUAGUGGUCUCUUGGUGUUCAGUGGUAGGCAAAUUUGUCAUGAUUCCUCAGCACUUAUGCUGGGGAAUCUGAUUGCUCAUCCUGCAGCAGAUGAGACCCAAUGUGGACACCAGAAUCACAGCAAGUAAAGGUUGCCCACCGCUUAAGAGCACCCAACUUAUGUAUAGCCUGAACAUACGAACAAGUGUUUGGGAGACUGGCAGGAUGGAUUUGCUGGCUGAUGUGGAGUUGCAGGCAUCUUCUGUCGUGUGGGAACUCAGCUUGUGGCCACAUUUCUGACUUGCGAACUGUUUGCGUUACAAACAGUUCUCAGGAACAGAACCCUGGGGAGGAUCUGCACUAGGAAAUUAAGGACAGUCAUUUAACCAUAACGUGAAUAAAAUAGUGAAUUAGUUGUGUUUCAGUGUUUCUGAAUAUCUGGCAUUAGGUUAUUGACAGCUUGUUAAGCCCAGGCAACCGACUC